UGAAAAUAUGCAUCAGUUUAAUACUGUCUUGGAAUUCAUGAGAUGGAAGCAUAAGUCAAAGCUGUUUGAAGAAAAUUGGAAAUACACUUCACUAGCUACAUCUCCAAGGAGUCAAGAGGAAGCAGUGAGAGGUGGAGUCAUUGUCAAGUGAUUGUGGCCUCAACAGGAAAAUCUCAUUCAGUAAAAUCAUUUGAAUUUGUGAAAUAAAAGUUAUUCAAAGUGACAGUGUAUGGAACAUUAAAAUUGAACAAUGACUCAGCUCCAUAUUUAUAUCAGAUUACUGGGAGUCUAUCUGUUCAUCAUUUCUCAUGUCCAAGGACAGAAUCUAGACAGCAUGCUCCAUGGCACCGGGGUGAAGUCGGACUCUGACCCUAAGAAGGCAGAGAACGGAGUGACCUUAGCACCGGAGGACACCUUGCCUUUUUUAAAGUGCUAUUGCUCAGGACACUGUCCGGAUGAUGCUGUUAAUAACACAUGCAUAACUAAUGGACAUUGCUUUGCCAUCAUAGAAGAAGAUGACCAAGGAGAAACCACAUUAGCUUCAGGAUGCAUGAAAUAUGAAGGAUCUGAUUUUCAGUGCAAGGAUUCUCCAAAAGCCCAGCCUCGCCGGACAAUAGAAUGUUGUCGGACCAAUUUGUGUAACCAGUAUUUGCAGCCUACACUGCCCCCUGUCGUUAUGGGUCCAUUUUUUGAUGGCAGCAUUCGGUGGCUGGUCGUGCUCAUUUCCAUGGCCAUCUGCAUAAUUGCUAUGAUCAUCUUCUCCAGCUGCUUUUGUUACAAACACUAUUGCAAGAGCAUCUCAAACAGACGUCGCUACAAUCGUGAUUUGGAACAGGAUGAAGCAUUUAUUCCAGUGGGAGAAUCUUUGAAAGACCUCAUUGACCAGUCACAGAGCUCUGGCAGUGGGUCUGGACUGCCCUUACUGGUUCAGCGAACUAUUGCCAAACAGAUUCAGAUGGUUCGGCAGGUUGGAAAAGGCCGAUAUGGAGAAGUGUGGAUGGGUAAAUGGCGUGGAGAAAAGGUGGCAGUCAAAGUAUUUUUUACCACUGAAGAAGCAAGCUGGUUCCGAGAAACAGAGAUCUACCAGACAGUGCUGAUGCGCCAUGAGAAUAUACUUGGGUUCAUAGCUGCAGACAUUAAAGGCACAGGUUCCUGGACGCAGCUCUACCUGAUCACUGAUUACCACGAAAAUGGGUCUCUGUAUGACUUCCUGAAGUGCGCUACACUGGAUACCAGAGCCCUGCUCAAGCUGGCGUACUCUGCCGCCUGUGGUCUGUGCCACCUCCACACAGAGAUUUACGGCACCCAAGGGAAGCCUGCAAUCGCGCAUCGAGACCUCAAGAGCAAGAACAUCCUCAUCAAAAAAAAUGGAAGUUGCUGUAUUGCUGAUCUGGGCCUUGCAGUUAAAUUCAACAGUGACACAAAUGAAGUUGAUGUGCCCUUGAAUACCAGAGUGGGUACCAAGCGCUACAUGGCUCCAGAGGUGCUGGAUGAAAGCCUGAACAAGAACCACUUCCAGCCCUACAUCAUGGCCGACAUCUACAGCUUUGGCCUGAUCAUCUGGGAGAUGGCCCGCCGCUGCGUCACAGGAGGCAUCGUGGAGGAGUACCAGCUGCCGUACUACAACAUGGUCCCCAGUGACCCAUCGUAUGAGGACAUGCGGGAGGUUGUGUGUGUCAAACGUCUGCGUCCACUCGUGUCCAACCGCUGGAACAGUGAUGAGUGUCUGCGAGCCGUGCUGAAGCUUAUGUCUGAGUGCUGGGCCCACAACCCAGCCUCCAGACUGACCGCGCUGAGAAUCAAGAAGACACUUGCUAAGAUGGUAGAGUCCCAGGAUGUGAAGAUCUGACACCUGCCAGGCGUGGGGGCCCCAGACUGUCCCCAUGGAGCAGCAGGCAAGCGUGGACCUCCUCCCUCACCUUCACAGGCUGCUAAUGUUCCUCUGCCAGUGCUCUGCGGGACAGGCUGGGACUCCAGAGCCUUCAGCUUUCUCGUAUGGACAGCUUUGUUCCAAGUGUAGUUUUUGAUGCCUUUUGUAAUUGAGUUUUUAUGAGCUGCAUCAAGACUCCAAUUCCUGAUUCUUAAAUCUCCAGUCAAACUCUGGAUGCUGAAUUACCUGUUCCUAAAGUGGUGCUUUCUGUGAAAGCCUUAAGAAACUUAAGAGUUCAGCAGAGAUGGAGACGUACACACUUUUGCCUUCUACCUGAGACAUGUAAUCUCUUUGUAUUCUGCCUUUGUAAGUCGGCCCUUUACGUGCUCCUUGGGCAACUACUUAGCUGAUGGUAGUGCCUCCAGUCCUCCUGAUAACAGUGUGUGCACACGCCUGGAUUCCUCUGCUGCCUGUCUUGGAAUUGGAAGAAAGUGAUCUGUGUGUGCGCAGGAACAUGCUGGUGGCUGGUGGUUUUGUGCUUUAAAAAUGCAAUAUGUGGCCAAGAGUCACCAGUUCAUAACAGCCAUUUGUCUUGCAAGUGAGGUAGCUUCCCUUGCAACUUUAUCUUUUAACAGAAUAGUUACUGUAAAGGCCAAAAGAAGUUUGAAGUGUCUGCACAUUUGGACUGUUUUCCUUUCUGCUGCCAUCCUUUUUAAGUUCUUUAUAAUUAUUAUUUUUGUCAUGAAAAGCAGCCUAUCCAAAGUAGCUUCCAAUGCCACAAACCAUGUUGAUAAAGCAGCCACUUCUUAUUGAAGUGAUUGCUGCAUUGAUAGCAAUGUAAGUGCCUAAAUCAUGUUCUGCAUCCUUUAUGCACACUAACUUUUAAAAGGGAAGUUAUUUAUGUUGUGUGUGUGAUGUGCUUUCCUUGCACACCCCCACUCCUUUCUGGCCACAUUUGAUAUACCUGCACACAUGCAGGUGGCAGCAGCUGCCUCCUGGCACUGCCCUCCUGUCCUUGAUGGCAGGUGUGUGCAGAGCCACAUGCCAACUUCCAAAGAAAUGUAACAAACCGAGGACUUAGUGAACUUCAUUGAGACAACAUCAUCUCAGUUAUCCUUUGCUGAAGGAUUCUACAAUUAGAGAUUUAUGUGCUGGAGCUGACAGAAAUCAGUCUGUACUCCUAAUAUAAUUUUUUUUGUUUGUUUUUGUCUUUGAGACAGGGCCUGGCCUGCAGCUCAGGCUGGCCUUGAGCUCACUUUGUUGCCCAGUCUAGUCUUAAACUCCCAAGAAUCCUGCCUCAGCCUGCUUCAAGUAUUAGGAUUGCAGGGAUAGACUACCACUCCCGGCCUUCUUAAUAUGUGUUAGAUGCCUAAAUCAUUUGAGAUUUUUUUUUUUUUUUUGAGGUUUUGUUUCUGGUCCCUUACUAGUGAACAUGAAGAAGAGCCAGGUGGAAGUAUUCAAUACUUCUGUAUGUACUCAAUAGCUUUCACUCAGUAAAAUAGUACCGAUUUUAUAGAUAGUAAAGGUGUUGUUAUCUGAGGAACACUGAGUAACUGAAAGUUGUUCUGCUUCUGUAACACCUUCGAAAUGCUUGUCUCUUAUUCCCAAUAACCAAUCAUGAAAGCAUCAAAUGAAACGAUUUCCUUUGAACAUAACAGGGAAUAACUCCUUGUAUCACAACAUGGCCAAAAAGGUUCAAAUUCAGUGGGAGUAAUUGGAGCAUAUAAUCCAUCCAUCACCAAAAUCUUGACUGUCAUUUAAGACCAAUAUUUAAAAUGUUGUCCUCAUACCAGAUUUUACCAAGUCGAUACUUACCUUAAUCAUGUGUUCCCUAAGUUUCAUUUAACAUAAAGAUUUAAGUGUUCAUCAGGUAAACUUUGGUACUGAGAGUAUCCACUGUUCCAGAAUGUGGCCCUUUUUCCCACAUUCUGGAGAAGUACUGAUGCUGUAAUCAAAAUCACCAUGUGAGCUGAGAGUAUACUUAUAAGAUCUGAUUUACUUCAAGUUAACCUGAUUCAUUUUUCUCUUGGUGAACUUUAUCUUGAAAGUCAUUGAUCACUUUAAUAAAAAAAAAAAAAAAAGCGUAAAGAAAUACAGAUUCAUCCUUAGAAGUGGUGAGUUGAUGUGUGGAGGCCAAAGUGAUGACAGAACACGAGAUCAUUAGCAUGGGCUUUUAACUUGGCCUACUAAAAGACAUCAAGAAUUGACCUUAGAAAUUUGGUCAGUGAAAACAUUCUCUAGCAUAACAUGUUCUUUAAAAAGCAAAUGCUGCCAUAUUUAUAACUUUGAGAUUUUAAUCAAAAAACGUUGCAUGAAACGUACUGCCCUUUUAAAUUUGAAGCUCAUCCACUAGGUAAAAUACUCAAGUCCAGCAAGAAGAUGUAUUAAUAAUUUGUAAAAUCUUGGAAGCCAUUAUUUGAUCUCACUUAAAAUUUUAGCAUUUUAAUAGUGUGAUUUCAGUCAAUUAUUCCUUUAAAUAACUAAAACGUUAAUAAAAAAAAAAAAAAAAAU